UCAUAUCAUUCAUUUACCCAGAUAAUUCACGUUUAGCGAAUAACCGAUUUGCUACAAAAGGGCAAGUGUGCUCAUUCAUCAUUAUCAGUACGCCAAGACGUGAUAUACCAAGUGGAUCGAUACUUUUCCUUUUUAUUCAGAAACAUGAAGACGUUCGUUUUUCUUUGCCUAUUGUUUGUGACUGUCUGUUCUGCACAGAGAUUCCCCAACGACAUAUUAGAUCAGGCAAUGAAUGCUAUAAAAAAUGCUAAAAGCUCGGUUGACAGUGUCAUGUUAGAUUUGAAACACUCUCAGAGCAACAUUGACUUAAACGGAAAAAAUGAAAUUAGCAACCUUUAUAUUCAAGCUGGUCAGAACAUCAACUCAAUUCUAAAAACUCGUCUUGAUUAUAUCAAGGAAAAGUCACAAGAAGCAAAGGAGUCAGGUAAGAAUGCUGAAGAUUGUUUUAAUGCCGUCACAAAGAAUUUGAAGGACGCCGGUCAAACAGGGUAUAAUCAACUCGAUAACUGCAAAAACAUAGCAAAGAAAAAUUUGGACACAGAACUGCAAGCAUUUGACAACGAGCAAGCAAAUGGACAGAGAUUAAAAAAUCAAUUAGAUCAGGUUGCCUUGGGAUGCAUGGGUUCUUCUAAUUCUAUACAAGUCGCAAGUUGUAUACUUAUGAAAGUAGGAGCCAUCAAUCAGGAGAUUCGUCAAUACCAACAAAGAGCUUCACAACUGAACACGAAUACAGAAAGGAAUAAAAAUGCAAUUACUUUGCAACAAAGAUCUUGCAAUAGUGAUGCCAUCUCCAUAGUUCAAAAUGCAUCUACUAAAGCCAUAUAUGCCGCAGCUGAUUGUCUUAAAAACUAAAACGAAUAGGUCUUAAACUUUAAAUCCAUAGAAUGUUGAAUUGAAAAUUAAAUUUGUCGAUUAUAAAAUAAAACCCAUAAAUUAACGCCUACACCUCUAUGACAUCGUAAUAAACUAUCCUAUCAUUUGCUUUGCUCAUGCUAGAAUACGUCUGAGAUAUUGUUAACCAAUGGCACUGGAGACACCCUAUGUAUCUCUACUUCUUUAUAUCAACCCUCUUUUGUAUCUCUACUUAUCUCACAAAUUUAUAUGAUUCGAUAUGGUUUCAAAGCUAAAUGAAUCACCUUAAUAACUGAAUUUUUUUAUUAAUACGUGCAAUUACCCACUA